AUGUUUCUGAAAGUGGAGCUACCAUGGAACGUGAUGAUUCCAGCUGCAAACAUGGGUGAGAAAGGUCUGAUGCUCAAGAGGUCUAUUAUGACACAGUUGCUGGACGCGUUUACUGCAAAGAAAGCAACCAAGGAGCUCGGCUACUACCUGGGAGUCACAUCUUUGAACAAGAUCGGGCAGGGGAAAAUCAGGGAGCACACCGGUGAAGUGAUGUUCCCGGUUGUUUUCACCGGGAUAACUUUCAAGAUCUCCCAAGGAGAGAUACUCGAGGGUGUGGUGCACAGGGUGCUGAAGCAGGGUGUCUUCUUGAAGUGUGGUCCGGUUGAGAACGUUUACAUCCACUGUCUGAAGAUGCCCGAUUACAAGUACAUCCCGGGAGAGAACCCGAUCUUCAUGGAUGAGAAGAUGUCGAGGAUUCAGGUUGAGACUAGGGUUAGAUUUGUGGUGAUCGGUGCGAGGUGGAUGGAGGUGGAGAAAGAGUUUCAGGCGUUGGCUAGCCUUGAAGGAGACUAUCUUGGACCAAUCUCUGAAGAGUGAUCUGCUUUGUUUCCUCAUGUGAUGUUGUUUUUAGGGAAUUUCUACGUGUUAUAACUUGAGUCUUUUAGUUUAUGACUUUACCUUUUGGUAACUACUCUUUAGUUGUGCAAAUAAUUAAUGAACCUUGAUCUUUGAAUGUUAA